UGUACACAGUGUGUGGUUGUAUGUGUGUACAUACCUGUGCCGCUCCCGCGGGUAGAUCAGAGUAACGAACUGAAAAACAUUUGUAAACAAAAUGACCCUGAGAUUCGCCGAGAAGAAAGAAACCGUUCUGAGAAACUCGAACGAAAUAGUAAUUGGAAACGUGGUGAAUAGUUCGGAUGAUAUUUGUAACGGAACCAUCGAGUGGCAGAAUGGACAGAAUCUUCUGGUUGUUACACAGGAUACCCAGGGCAAGGAGUUGAUUGCAAUCGCCGAAAAUCAGACCAUAAAUCUCGCCGUUGAUUCCUACUGGCUAUUGGAGCUUGCUCAUAGAGAGUAUCAAGCAGGGGACUACGAAAAUGCAGAAAGACACUGCAUGCAGCUUUGGCGCCAAGAGACAAACAACACAGGAGUUCUUUUAUUGUUGUCUUCUAUUCAUUUUCAAUGUAGAAGGCUAGAAAAAUCAGCCCAUUAUAGUAGUUUGGCGAUAAAGCAAAAUCCCUUGUUGGCAGAGGCUUACAGCAAUCUUGGAAAUGUUUUCAAGGAGCGUGGUCAGCUACAGGAGGCAUUGGAAAAUUAUCGGCAUGCUGUCAGGUUGAAACCAGACUUCAUUGAUGGAUACAUUAACUUGGCAGCUGCUUUGGUUGCUGCAGGAGAUAUGGAACAAGCAGUUCAAGCAUAUGUGACUGCUCUACAAUACAACCCUGAUCUCUAUUGCGUGAGAAGCGAUCUCGGUAAUCUUUUGAAAGCAUUAGCAAGACUUGACGAAGCCAAGGCAUGCUACCUAAAGGCAAUCGAGACACGUCCAGACUUUGCGGUCGCCUGGAGCAAUCUUGGCUGCGUGUUCAACGCUCAGGGUGAAAUAUGGCUGGCAAUCCAUCAUUUUGAAAAGGCUGUCGCGCUUGACCCGAACUUCUUGGACGCGUAUAUCAAUCUUGGCAACGUGCUCAAAGAGGCCAGGAUCUUCGAUAGAGCUGUAGCUGCGUAUCUACGUGCAUUGAAUCUCAGCCCUAACAAUGCGGUCGUUCAUGGAAAUUUGGCCUGUGUUUACUAUGAACAAGGGCUCAUUGAUUUGGCGAUUGAUACGUACCGUCGUGCGAUUGAGUUACAACCAAAUUUCCCAGAUGCCUAUUGUAACUUGGCGAACGCGCUCAAAGAAAAAGGGCAAGUGGUUGAGGCUGAGGAUUGCUACAACACCGCCCUUCGUCUCUGUCCCUCACACGCCGAUUCCCUUAAUAAUUUGGCCAACAUAAAAAGAGAACAAGGAUACAUCGAAGAAGCAACUCGACUGUAUCUGAAAGCGCUCGAAGUAUUCCCCGAGUUCGCAGCAGCUCAUAGCAAUCUUGCUUCCGUAUUACAACAGCAAGGAAAGCUAAACGAAGCGCUGAUGCAUUACAAAGAGGCUAUUCGUAUUCAGCCGACUUUCGCGGAUGCUUACUCGAAUAUGGGCAAUACACUGAAGGAGAUGCAAGAUAUACAAGGGGCUCUGCAAUGUUACACGAGAGCCAUUCAAAUUAAUCCCGCUUUUGCCGACGCUCAUUCCAAUCUAGCCUCAAUCCAUAAAGAUUCAGGGAACAUUCCUGAGGCAAUUCAAUCGUACAGAACUGCUCUGAAAUUGAAACCCGACUUUCCGGAUGCGUAUUGCAAUUUGGCACACUGUCUGCAGAUAGUGUGCGAUUGGACCGAUUACGAAGCUAGAAUGAAGAAACUGGUCUCCAUUGUUGCAGAGCAACUGGACAAGAACAGAUUGCCCAGCGUGCACCCACAUCAUUCCAUGCUCUAUCCUCUCUCGCAUGAAUUUAGGAAAGCCAUCGCUGCUAGGCACGCUAAUCUCUGCAUUGAAAAGAUUCACGUUUUGCACAAGCAACCGUACAAAUAUCCACGCGAUGUCACCGCCCGGCUGAAGGUUGGCUACGUUUCAUCGGACUUCGGAAAUCAUCCAACCAGUCAUCUCAUGCAAUCGGUUCCUGGACUUCAUGAGCGACAGAACGUCGAAAUAUUCUGCUAUGCCCUGAGCUCCGAUGAUGGAACGACGUUUCGAGCAAAGAUUGCACGAGAAGCCGAACACUUUAUCGACCUUUCGCAAAUUCCAUGCAAUGGGAAGGCCGCUGACCGUAUUAAUGCGGAUGGUAUACAUAUUCUAGUGAAUAUGAACGGAUACACAAAAGGUGCCAGAAACGAGAUAUUUGCUCUACGACCGGCACCGAUUCAGGUAAUGUGGCUUGGAUACCCGGGAACGUCGGGAGCGAGUUUCAUGGAUUACUUAAUUACGGACGAAGUUACUUCACCGUUGGAACUUGCUAGUCAGUACAGUGAGAAACUUGCAUACAUGCCGCACACGUAUUUCAUUGGAGACCACAAGCAAAUGUUCCCUCAUCUCAAAGAACGGCUUAUUUUAACCGAUAAAUUGAACAUGAAAGGCAAACUAGCAGACAACGUAGCCGUGAUAAAUGCUACUGAUCUGUCUCCAAUGAUCGAGAACACUUUGGUUAAAGAAAUCCGCGAAGUAGUCGUACCCGAUGCCAAAAACAAACCCGUUGAAAUCUCGUUGAAAGUUGCGGAACUGCCAACCACUACUCCGAUUGAGACGAUGAUCGCUUCCGGCCAGUGUCAGAUGUCUGUUAAUGGUGUUGUAGUUCAAAACGGAAUGGCAACUACGCAAGUGAACAACAAGACGGCUACGGGUGAAGAAGUGCCUCAAAACAUCGUGAUCACGACGAGACAACAAUACGGUUUACCAGAAGACGCGGUUGUUUACUGCAACUUCAAUCAGUUGUAUAAAAUUGAUCCGCUCACGCUUCACAUGUGGGCACAUAUUUUGAAACAUGUGCCAAACUCAGUUCUGUGGCUGCUUCGUUUCCCAGCCGUUGGCGAGCCAAACUUGCAAGCAACAGCUCAACAAUUAGGUUUGACACCCGGUAGGAUUUUGUUCAGUAAUGUCGCGGCUAAAGAAGAACACGUCAGGCGGGGGCAAUUGGCCGACGUAUGCCUAGACACGCCGCUUUGUAAUGGUCAUACUACAAGUAUGGAUGUUUUGUGGACUGGAACUCCGGUGGUUACACUGCCAGGCGAGACAUUAGCGUCACGUGUUGCUGCUAGUCAGUUGAAUACCUUGGGAUGUCCCGAUUUAGUAGCACGAACAAGACAAGAAUACCAGGAUAUUGCUGUUCGUUUAGGCACCGACAGAGAAUACUUAAAAGCGACGAGAGCUAAGGUAUGGAAAGCUAGAUCCGAGAGUCCCCUUUUCAAUUGCAAAUUGUACGCGAUAGGCAUGGAAAUGUUAUACAAAAAAAUGUGGGACCGUUACGCGCGAGGUGAAAAGCCUGAUCACGUGGCGGCUGUAGAUAGAAACGAAAGAGAAAAAUUAACAGCCAUGUCCUCUUAAAAAUGGCCACCACGACGAUUCCCUACGUUUUAAUUUAUACAUACACAGCUUUAAUUUCGUAACCAUCUGUUUUCUGGAGACUUUAGCAUUUAAGAACAGAUGAUUAUCGAUAUCCUAAUUUGAUCAAGAUUUUCGCAUAAAAUUCCGUACACAAUAGUGUACUUACUGUUCGGUAUGAUAAAAUCAUCGAGCUUAGACUACAUGCAGAAUACUGGUACGUACGAUCGGUGAUGCAAAAGUUCGACAAAACCAUGGCGUAUAAAAACAAAUCAUCGAUUGUUAUAUCGUACGUACGAGUCAUAAGAAACAAUUACGUUCGCUUCCUGUGUCGGCGGUGGUGUAUCACCGCAUCACUCGCCCUGUGACGUUUAUAAUAUUAUACAUAACGGAUUUCGUAGGUCAUUCUUGACGUAACUCGACGAUAAAACGACAAACUACGGUCUCCUCUGUCUCUCGAUGGUUAUCUUCUUGUCCCCAGGUUGAACGGAUAGGGAUAUUAAAUAAUUAUUUUAUGUAAAGGGUGCACAAACAAGCAUACGUAUAACGACAAAGUUCGUAGCCGACAUUAUGACUGUUUCUAUUCGAGAGUCUGGCUGGUUUAGAGGGUUUUUGACGCGUGACUCGUAAACGAUCUCGAGUAACUACGAGGGGAUAUUCUUCUGGUUGUUCUUUGCGGUGGUCCUAUACUACGUUAUUCGUAAUUAGCUUCGAAUACGAUUAACUCGGAAAGGAAGAUUCAAAGGGAGGGAAGUUGAAAAGGAGUGAGUUGGUUGUACACGUCAAGAUAUUAAUUAUUAGCAAUUGCUGACAGCAAAGAAUGCAAGUUGUAUUAUAUAUAUGAUCGAUUAAUGAAAUACGUGUAAAUAUUAAAAAGAGGUAAUCGUUAAUUAUUACAUUAGUUUGAUAGUAAACUGCGUAAAUUAUGAUUUAAACAAAAUGUGUUGAGGUAGCGAGAAGGUGUUGACUGUAGCGAAACUCCUGAUGUACGUCUAUAGUCUAUAGAAUAAAACCAAUUAAGUAU